AGACGACGACUAUAGAGACUAAAAACCGAGUGGCAGUGGAGUUGAGUUUUCAUUUCAACGCUGAAAAGAGUGUUAGAACCCAGUGAAGAAGAUACAGAGUGUCGUUCCUAUUCUUGUUCCAAUUCCGAAUCGGAAGACAAGGAUUUGCAUUGCGAUCUAAGGAGAGAAGAGAAAAUGGCGAGGUCAACCAGCAAGGACGCACAAGACCUCUUCCGUGCGCUUUGGUCUGCGUAUUCCGCAACUCCAACAAAUCUGAAGAUCAUUGAUCUCUACGUCAUGUACGCUGUUUUCACCGCUCUCAUCCAGGUAGUUUACAUGGCUAUGGUGGGAUCAUUUCCAUUUAACUCCUUCCUUUCAGGAGUACUUUCUUGUGUAGGGACUGCAGUUCUGGCUGUUUGUCUCCGUAUCCAAGUGAAUAAAGAGAACAAGGAAUUCAAGGAUCUUGCUCCUGAACGUGCCUUUGCAGAUUUUGUUCUCUGCAAUUUGGUUCUCCAUCUGGUGAUCAUGAACUUCCUUGGUUAAAUUGGAUUUGUGUGGGGUUUUGCCUCCAAUUGAACCCCGAAGGGUUAAAAUGAAAAGUAGAAUACCUGGACCUUGUUUUGUUAUAGUAUUUGUAGAUUCAGUGACAAUACGAGUCCUUGUUUUGAACAAAGAGAUGCUAGAUGUUUACUAUGCGAUCUUUUACAUUAAUUUUUGAAUGGUGAAUUACUCAUGGUGUUGACUUUGAUGUCUAAA